AUCUUAUUGAGAUAUUGGGAUCUUCUGUCGUGGGUCCAAACCUUUUCCAUUUUCAAAGCAACCCAAUAUGCAAGACGGCCAGGGACGCGUGCGUGGGGGGAACUGAAGCUAAUUGAAAACGAAAUAUAGCGCCGCCGAAACGCUACUACUAGUACUAGCAAGAGGGAGGCAGGGAGGGAGAGAGAGAGAGAGAGAGAGAGGGAGAAUGGAUUGUCUUGAUCUCAAUGAAUUUCAAAAGAAGCUCUCCACCCACUUCAGGCCAUGGCAACGCUCCAUUCAAUUCUGGCUUCGAGCUACUGAUAUCUACACUGGUUACAAGGUGUUUCAGCUUCGAGUGAGUUUCGAGAAAGAUGUGCGGAAGCAAGAGGCUAUGUGGGAAAGACAACAUGAGUUUGCUGCUGACAAGCUAUUUCACAUGUGCUCUGACCUUGGUGGCUUUUUUCUCAAGGUUGCCCAAGUCAUUGGGAAGCCUGACUUGGCCCCAGCUGCAUGGGUUAGAAGGCUCGUUACGCUGUGUGAUCAAGCUCCUGCAACCCCGCUUGAUGUCAUCCAAGCUGUGCUUGAAAAUGAGUUGGGUCAAUGUGUUGAUGAAUUGUUCGAAAGAUUUGAUGCUGAUCCAAUUGGUUCUGCUUCAAUUGCACAGGUGCAUCGAGCGAGAUUAAAAGGUGAUAAAACUGAUGUUGUAGUCAAGGUGCAACAUCCUGGUGUUCAGGAUUUGAUGAUGACAGAUAUCCGUAACUUGAAAGCUUUUGCAUUAUACAUCCAAAAGACAGAUAUCAAAUUUGAUCUCCACUCUAUAGCUAAGGAAAUGGAGAAACAGAUUGGGUUUGAAUUUGACUUCAAGAGAGAAGCUGAUGCUAUGGAAAGAAUUAAACGUUUUAUGCUUGAGAAUAAUAAAAAAGCUCCUGUCAUGGUGCCAAGGGUGAUGCGGGAUAUGGUCACUAGGAGGGUCUUGGUAAUGGAAUAUAUUGAUGGAAUCCCAAUCCUAAAGCUUGGAGAUGAAAUAGAUAAAAGAGGCAUAAAUCCUCGUGGUAUGAUUGCAACAGCAGCGAAGCAGAACAUCCUUAAAAGUUUGACACUUGCAUAUGGACAAAUGAUACUGAAGAGUGGUUUCUUCCAUGCAGAUCCCCAUCCUGGAAAUAUUCUCAUCUGUAAAGGGUCAGAGGUUGCCUUGCUUGACUAUGGGCAAGUGAAGGACCUCCCUGACAAUUUAAGGCUUGGAUAUGCAAAUCUGGUACUUGCUAUUGCUGAUAAUGAUUCCUUAAGGGUAUCAAAGAGCUACAGGGAGCUAGGCAUAGAUACCUUAAGCAAGUGUGACGAUGAACAGAAGGAAAUGCUUAAGUUGGCGCAGACAAUGUUUGAUACAAAGCUACCGCCUGGCGUAACAAUGUUGCAACCUUUCUCAGACGAAUCUUCAAUAAAAAAGUUUUCCGUUCCGGUUUUUCCAGAAGAAUUGUUUUCUAUUCUUCGAACGGUGCAUAUUUUGAGAGGACUUAGCGUUGGUCUUGGAAUCAACUACUCAUGUGCGGAGCAGUGGAGACCGAUUGCAGAAGAAGCAUUGUAUCUUGCUGGUAGACUAAAAGGGGAGGAUCUCAAGACUAAAAGACGUAGACGUGGUCUCUUCAGAAGAGUAUUUGGGAGAGUGGUUGCCUUGUGAAGAGGUGUAGGCAUGAAUUGACCAGGAAGCCUUAGCAUAUUCUGAAUUGCUAGUUCUCUAAUAUACUGCCCAUUCCAUUGCUAUUUGUUUGAUAGAAUAAGUUUACAAGUAAUUGAAUCAUUUUCUUCCUUCAGAAGCGCUUGUGGAUUGCGCUUUUCAUGUAUAUCAGAAUAGCAUUAAUGAUUAAAUGAGCGAUUCAGUGCAUAGUCUUCUGUUAAAGUAGGGUUUGUGGAGAAUAAGAUGGUACUCAAUAUUAUCUUUAUUUCUGGAGAAGUUGUUUCCGCGACUGGGCAUACUAACUUUUGGGCCAAGUCACCCUAAUACGACAAACCCUUGUAGCAUGUCCUUUAAA